AAGUACAAAGAAUACCAAAAGUAAACAAUACACGACUAAACAUUUAUAUACAAUUAAAUAACUAGAUAAAAACAUAAGUAUUUAAAUAUAACAUACUGUUAAGUAGUAGAUAAUUAAAAAAUAAAAUAUGCAAUAAAAAUAUAAAAGUAUAAAAUACUCAUACAAGCCUUUAAGUUUUGCUUGGUUAUACUCAAAAAAUAAGAAAAAAAAACGGUUGGAUUAAAUAAAAAGAUUAACAAGCAGAAUAAGUAAAACAAUAAGCAAAUAAAUAGCAAACAAUAAUAUAAAUUGCUGCAGACACCAGCCUCUAAGUGGAGUUGAAUGUCACCUGUUAAAAAUAUUAUUUUACGCUUGAAGGAAAUACUGUUAACAGUCUGGUCUUCUAAGAAAAUAUAUAAUUAUUGUUUCACUCUCUGUAAUGUCAGGAAAAAAACUCUCCUACAAGUCGGGGCUACGACAGGUAGCAAUGUUACCUGUGACGGCGUGAGGCGCUCCACCUGACCUUUGCUCUGCCAGUGACGUACAACACACGUUUCCAUGACUACCGUUGCCCGUGGCGCCGGUGCUGACUCCCGGAGUCUGUGAUAAGUUGAACUGAGCUGUGGCCACAGUUUAGUUACCGAGGGACACAUUGUGGAACCUUUGGCAAGUUGUAGGCAGGUGUAGGUGUGUGGAGAAGACUACAGGCACCAGUGGACGAUGUGCCGAGCCUGAUGGAGGACUUAUCCACCGCCAGCUCCAGUCAUCUGCACAAGAUGGAGCAGACCUCGGUCUGUAAAGACUGCAGUGUGCCUAUGACAACUGCUUCAUUGGCAGGUGGCACGUCUGAUCUGAUAUCCUGGCAGGAUGUCCGCUUGAUAAGACUGGUCAUCGCCUUUCUUAUCACGGUUCUGCAGCUGGUGCUGGGUAUCCCUGGCAACGUGCUCAGCGCCCUGGUGUUCUACAGACAGGGUCUGAGAGAGAGGAUCAACCUGUGUCUCUUUGCCCUGGCACUCACUGACCUCGUGGUCAGCCUGUACUACGCCCUCCUCACCAUGGAGGAGCAGCUGCGCGAACUGUUCCUCCUCGACGCUUGGUUGGUGAAAAUCCAUUUUGUAGCGUGCGUGGGCUUCCUGUGGGCCUCUCAGUUCCUGUCGGCGGUGAUCGCCAGUGAGCGUUGUUUCUGUGUCGUCAGUCCCUUCCACGCCAAGAGGCUGCUCAAGACGUCCACCAUGGCCGCCAUCAUCGUCGUCUGCUCCUCUCUCAUCCUCUGUGGAUUCUGUGCGGCUGUGCCUGGCAGGUUCUCGGCCACCAGCAUUGUGGACCCUGUCACCAACACAUCAAAGACAAAGUUCUCUGUCACCAGGUAUUAUUUAGAUAACCAGAAAGUGAUGGAUAUCCUCGACGUCUUCGUCUACGCCACUGCAUUGCCGUCCAUCUUUUUCAUCAUCAUCGUCGUCACGACAGCCGUCGUCGCCGUCAAACUUCAGUCCGCUCUGGCGUGGAGGAACUCUGUAGCCACAUCGGAGACAACGCAGGUCUCAAAAGACGUGUCCACAUCCAAAGCGAGGCUGUCGAGUAAAGAAGUGGCGGUGACCCGGAUGUUGAUAGGCACGUCACUCGUCUUUAUCGUCUGCGCCAUUCCUAACCUGUGCGGUCAGCUGGCCAGCUUCAUAGUGCCAGACCUCAGCUACACGGGCAAGUUUUACAAUCUUUAUUCUCUCAUGUGGGCGGUCAUAGGGCUAUUUCGGUCCAUCAACUCGUCUCUUAACUUCGUCGUCUAUUACGUCAUGAGUUCAAAGUUCAGGGUGACCCUGUACACGCUCCUGGGCUGCUGGUGCAAAGGUCACAAGUCUCGUCCAGACGUUAGUUGUAAUGUCGUGUCCUCAGACAUGACCAAAUCUCUCGCUUAAGGAAUACUCUGCUACCCCGGGUGGACCGACAAUAGUAACUACACUAAUAAUAAAAACCAAAUAUUAUUUCUAAUAGUUGCCAUGACCUCAGAGCUGUCUUCCUUACGUGUGU